GAGCGGCGUCGUCUGCGGUGCAGCGCUCGGGUGGGCGGGCGUGCGCUGGCGGCGAGGCAGCGCGGCGGCGAGGCGGACUUGUAGGGCCGGGGUGGCGCGAGCUGGAGGAUGGCGGAGUCUUCGGAGAAGCUUUACCGAGUGGAGUACGCCAAGAGCGGGCGCGCUUCCUGCAAGAAAUGCAGCGAAAGCAUCCCCAAGGACUCGCUCCGGAUGGCCAUCAUGGUGCAGUCACCCAUGUUCGAUGGAAAAGUCCCACACUGGUACCACUUCUCGUGCUUCUGGAAGGUGGGCCACUCCAUCCGGCAGCCUGACGUGGAAGUGGACGGCUUCUCUGAACUUCGGUGGGACGACCAGCAGAAAAUCAAGAAGACCGCAGAGGCUGGAGGGGUGACUGGCAAAGGCCAGGAUGGAAUUGGGAGUAAAGCAGAGAAGACUCUGGGUGACUUUGCAGCUGAGUAUGCCAAGUCCAACAGAAGCACGUGCAAGGGCUGUAUGGAGAAGAUAGAAAAGGGUCAGAUGCGCCUGUCUAAGAAGAUGCUAGACCCAGAGAAGCCACAGUUGGGUAUGAUCGACCGCUGGUAUCACCCAAACUGCUUCGUCAAAAACAGAGAGGAGCUGGGCUUCCGGCCUGAGUACAGUGCGAGCCAGCUCAAGGGCUUCAACCUCCUCUCUGCAGAAGAUAAGGAGGCCCUGAAGAAGCAGCUCCCAGGAGUCAAGAGUGAAGGAAAAAGGAAAGGAGAUGAGGUGGAUGGAAUAGAUGAAGUGGCCAAGAAAAAAUCCAAAAAAGAGAAAGACAAGGACAGUAAGCUGGAGAAGGCACUCAAGACCCAGAAUGAAAUGAUCUGGAACAUCAAGGAUGAGCUGAAGAAAGCGUGUUCAACCAAUGACCUGAAAGAGCUGCUCAUCUUCAACAAACAGCAAGUGCCUUCUGGGGAGUCGGCGAUCCUGGACCGCGUAGCUGAUGGCAUGCUGUUCGGUGCCCUCCUUCCCUGUGAGGAAUGCUCGGGUCAGCUGGUCUUCAAGAGUGAUGCUUAUUACUGCACUGGGGACGUCACUGCCUGGACCAAGUGUAUGUUUAAGACACAGACACCCAACCGGAAGGACUGGGUGACCCCGAAGGAAUUUCGGGAAAUCACCUACCUCAAGAAACUGAAGCUAAAAAGGCAGGACCGUGUAUUCCCCCCUGAGACCAGUGCCACGGCAGCGGCAGCACCCCCACCUGCCACAGUCUCGGCCCCCGCUGCUAUGAAUUCCUCUGCUCCAGCAGAUAAGCCACUGUCCAACAUGAAGAUCCUGACCUUGGGGAAGCUAUCCCGGAACAAGGACGAGGUGAAGGCCACCGUCGAGAAACUCGGAGGGAAAGUGACAGGGACUGCCAGCAAGGCCUCCUUGUGCAUCAGCACACAAAAGGAAGUAGAAAAGAUGAAUAAGAAGAUGGAGGAAGUCAAGGAAGCCAACGUCCGUGUGGUGUCAGAGGAUUUCCUCCAGGAUAUCUCCAGCUCCACCAAGAGCCUGCAGGAGUUGCUUUCUGUGCACAUCUUGUCCACCUGGGGGGCGGAGGUGAAGACAGAGCCCGUGGAAGCAGCAGUCCCAAAAGCAAAGUCAGGCGCUGUGGCUUCCAAGAAGAGCAAGGGACCAGCCAAGGAGGAAGGUAACAACAAAUCUGAAAAGAGGAUGAAAUUAACUCUCAAAGGAGGAGCUGCCGUAGAUCCCGAUUCUGGUCUGGAACACUCUGCACACGUCUUGGAGAAAGGCGGGAAGGUGUUCAGUGCUACCCUUGGCCUGGUGGAUAUCGUUAAGGGAACCAACUCCUAUUACAAGCUGCAGCUGCUGGAGGAUGACAAGGAAAGCAGGUACUGGAUAUUCAGGUCCUGGGGCCGCGUGGGCACCGUGAUUGGCAGUAACAAGCUGGAGCAGAUGCCAUCCAAGGAGGAUGCCAUUGAGCACUUUAUGAAGUUAUAUGAGGAAAAGACCGGAAAUGCCUGGCACUCCAAGAACUUCACAAAGUAUCCCAAGAAGUUCUACCCUCUGGAAAUUGACUACGGCCAGGAUGAGGAGGCGGUUAAGAAGCUGACAGUCAGCCCUGGUACCAAAUCCAAGCUCCCCAAGCCUGUUCAGGAGCUCAUUAAGAUGAUCUUCGAUGUAGAGAGUAUGAAGAAAGCGAUGGUGGAGUAUGAGAUUGACCUUCAGAAAAUGCCUUUGGGGAAGCUAAGCAAAAGGCAGAUCCAGGCCGCGUAUGCCAUCCUCAGUGAGGUCCAGCAGGCCGUGUCCCUGGGCAGCAGUGACUCUCAGAUCCUGGAUCUCUCCAAUCGCUUCUACACUCUGAUCCCCCACGACUUCGGGAUGAAGAAGCCCCCACUCCUGAACAACACGGACAGCGUGCAGGCCAAGGUGGAAAUGCUGGACAACCUCCUGGACAUUGAGGUGGCCUACAGUCUGCUCAGGGGUGGGUCUGAUGAUAGCAGCAAGGACCCCAUUGAUGUCAACUAUGAGAAACUCAAAACAGACAUUAAGGUGGUUGACAAAGACUCUGAAGAAGCUGAGGUCAUCAGGAAAUAUGUGAAGAACACUCAUGCAACAACGCACAAUGCAUAUGACUUGGAAGUUGUUGACAUCUUUAAGAUAGAGCGUGAAGGAGAGAGCCAACGCUAUAAGCCCUUUAAGCAGCUUCAUAACCGACAAUUACUGUGGCAUGGGUCCAGGACCACCAACUUUGCUGGGAUCCUGUCCCAAGGUCUGCGGAUAGCCCCGCCCGAAGCGCCUGUGACAGGCUACAUGUUCGGGAAAGGUAUCUAUUUUGCUGACAUGGUCUCCAAGAGCGCCAACUACUGUCACACGUCUCAGGGAGACCCCAUAGGCUUAAUCCUGUUGGGAGAAGUUGCCCUUGGAAACAUGUAUGAACUGAAGCAUGCUUCACAUAUCAGCAAGUUACCCAAGGGCAAACACAGCGUCAAAGGUCUGGGAAAGACCACCCCCGACCCUUCGGCUAGUAUUACUCUGGAUGGUGUGGAAGUUCCCUUGGGGACUGGCAUUUCCUCUGGUGUCAACGACACUUGUCUGCUUUAUAACGAGUACAUCGUCUAUGAUAUUGCUCAGGUAAAUCUGAAGUAUCUGCUGAAGUUGAAAUUCAAUUUCAAGACAUCCCUGUGGUGAACAGUGAUACAGGGCCCAGCUGCCCAUUGUGGCUCUGCUGUGGCUUCACC